AUGGAGUCCAUUCCUUCUAGUGGUAUCAGCAAUGAUCAAGCCUCAAUCAAGAAAUUGAACCACAACGCCAGCGAACGCGAUCGCCGGAAGAAAUUAAACAGUAUUUAUGCUUCUCUUAGAGCAACACUUCCUGGAAUUGAUCAAACGAGGCAAUUAAGCAUUCCAGCGACGAUUUCUCGUGCUCUAAAAUACAUUCCUGAGCUGCAGAAUCAAGUUGAGAAGCUGAAGCAAAGGAAACAAGAAAUCUUAUCUUGUGUCUAUAAGAAAGGAAAUAGAAAUGGAGUUGAUAAUCAAAGUAAAGGGGUUGUAAGAAAAUCAAUUCCAAGUGUUUCGGUUAGUCAAGUUGAUGAAAAACAAGUUAUGAUUCAGAUAUGUGCAUCUAAGAACAUGAGAAAUCCAAUAUCAGAUAUAUUGCUUGAUUUGGAGGAAGAGGGUCUUGAAUUAUUUAAUGUUUCAUCUACUGCCUCAUCAGGGGAAGUGCAGUUUUACAAUCUACAUCUUCAGGCGAAAGAAAAUCAAAGUCUGAAUUUCGAGCUGUUGAGUCAGAAGCUGCUAUCAAUGUGUGAGAGCAGGGAAGAGUUGUUUUGA